UGUAGAGUGUAGGAGUAUAGAGUGAACACUAAACGCCAGGCCGGCAAGGAGCAUAGUUGUGCGCGAGAGGCAGGGAACGAGUCUGAUAAUCGAUUUGUAAUUGCCAAUAUUAUUGAAUCAUGAACCGGCUUAUUCUGAUCAGUGCUGUGUGCAUGCAGUUUGGCUGGAUCUUCGGAGCACCAAACCCCGAAGGCGUCGGCGCUUACGCAUAUCAAGACUCGGAUGGAAAUAGGGUCGAAUUAACAUAUCCGAUAUCACAGCCGCUGCCACCGUUAAAACCACUCCAACCGCUGCGACCGCUGUGGUUCCAUCCUCUGAGAAUUGCCCCGCUACUUCCUCCAUUACACCGUCUUAGAUCCCUACAACCGCUGAGGCCUCUACGACCUUUACCACUGUUACAUCCGUUGCAAUUAUUAGCGUUCAAUCCUUUGCAAUUAUUUCCACCCUCCCCAGAAUCUAGAACAAUACAACCACUCUCACCUCUUCCACCCCUACAACCUCUGCUACCUUUACUACCGCUGAAACCUCUAGAUCCACUUCCACCACUGGUACCAAUCCAACCGCUGCAAGUUUCAGCACAGUACAGAACAUUAGCACCACUGAGUCCUCUACAACCCUUGCAACCUCUACCACCGCUGAAACCCCUGCAACCCCUACCACCACUGUUACCGAUACAACCGCUGCAAGUUUUACCGUUCCAUCAUUGGAAUUUAUUUCCAUCAGCACAGUAUAGAACAUUAGCGCCACUGAGGCCUCUACAACCCUUGCAACUUCUACUACCGCUGAAACCGCUACAACCCCUACCAUCACUGUUACCGUUACAACCGCUACAAGUUCCACCGUUCCAUCCUUGGAACUUAUUUCCUUCAGUUCAGUAUAGAAUAUUAGCGCCCCUGAGGCCUUUACAACCUUUGCGACCUCUACUACCGCUGAAACCCCUACCAUCACUGUUACCGUUACAACCGCUGCAAGUUUCACCAUUCCAUCCUUGGAAUUUAUUUCUAUCAGAACAGUAUAGAACAUUAGCGCCACUGAGGCCUCUACAACUCUUGCAAACUCUACCACCGUUGAGUGCCGUACAACUAGUAUCAUCAUCACUGUUAGUAUUUCGACCGCUACAAGUUCCAUCAAGUCCCUUACUACCGCUAAGACCCCUUCUACCACUAAGACCCCUACCCCAACAACCACUCCCAUUAUUGUUACCUUUUCAACCGCUGCAAGUGUCACCGUUCCAUCCGUCGAGAUUAUUCCCACAGCAGCUGGCGUUAAGGACAGAGGUGUUUAAAUCGAAUAAAGAGUAUCAAAAAAAGGCGUUAGACUCUGCCAAAAAGGCCUACGACGUCACGUCGAAUCAGGCAGGUUUCAUGAACUUCGACUUCUCCAGGUUCCCAUUCAACGGAGGGUUCAGUAAUUUCGGGAUGCCCAACUUUGGACCUCAGAAUGGGCAGUUUGGCGGCCCGAACUCGGCGUACGCGUCGGGGUCGGCCAUGCCGGGGUAUUCGCACCAAAUAGCUGCCAUUAGUCCGGGAAAUCCGAGCCAGCCGAACGUGGACAUCAAGAACCGCUUUGCAGAAGAUGGUACCGGUGGCAAUGGAGGCUACAUGAGCGUCUCCAGCACCUCGUUCGCCACCUCGUCCAACGUGAACGGCCAGGAGCAGGCCCACCGCGGGGCUGAGACCGUCGUCAACAACAACGGCGUUGUCCACCGUUACAAGGUGGAGUCCUAAACACACGGGGAAUCUUAGGGGCAUUACAGAAAAAGUUCGCGCUAUUUUUUUAACACCUCUGGUAAAAUUAAGAAGCCGAUAUUUAGCAUGAUAACGUUUGAUAACUUAACUUUAAAUUCUAAGGUUAUAAUAAUAGAGAUUUCUGCAUGCCAUUACCAUCAUACGUGUCAAUUCCCCAAGAAAGUAGACCUUUUUGCUCCCUUUAACUGCGCGUUUUAGCGUCAUUAUUCUAACUACAAUUACUGUUACAAUAAAAGGAGUAUGUGGAAAAGCUUUGAUGAAAUUGUAGACACAGAAUAAUGGCCAAAAACGUCAAAAUUAACCUAGCAGAUGUAUUAUGAGUUGAGUCAGUUAGGGCAAGUGCUCAGAUGAGAGCAAAGUUUUCUUGAAAUACAUUCACCGUGCCGCAUUUCGCGCAGCCCUCCUGUUGAAGGGAAUAUUUUAAGCAAUACACACGCUGAAAACGCGAUCUGGCGCGGGUACCAAACUGACUUAUUUAAACGACGACUCAUUUUUCUAGCGAUGAAUGUACUGUGAGAAAACUGUUUUUUUAUGUACCCCUACAAUCCCUACCUAAAAUGUUGUAAGCUCUUUUUACUUAAGGGCACAUAUAAUAAUAUAUUAUUUAUUAGUGGGGAGACACUUUAGUAUUAUCGUUGUUAUAGUCUAAAUGUUGAUCAAUAUGGUCACAUUUGAUAAAACAUCUUUCUGGCAAUGCAUGAGAGAAUGGAAAUGUGUUUUGUCAAAGUAUUGUGAUACAUGUAUUUCGAAUUAUAAGUAGUUAUAUUGUUGAUAGUUAAGUCCUAAGCAAUAAAUGUGCUGUGACUCUCUUAUACCUAUAUUUAUCCCCUGUAUAAGAAAAUUCUAUAAAGCGCUAGUUAUUUUAUGCAAAAAUAUAUGUUAAUUAAGGUAUCUCA